AUGACCCUCCUCCCGCUGCUGCACUGCCGAAGGGGCUACGAGAAGGUCGCCGAGGCCGUCUACAGCGUCUACCCCAAGAAGGACAUGUCCGACUCUGCCCAGACCGCCGUCAACCUUGGCUCCGGUCUCAUUGCCGGUUUCGCCGCUGCCAUCGUCUCCCAGCCCGCCGAUACCAUGCUCUCCAAGACCUAG